UCCAAACGAAGCAGGACCGGACGAGGCUGCAGUUCUCAAUUUCAACACUUUCUACUCUAAAGCAAUAGGGACGCUCGCAAAAGACACGAUACAUGUACAGAUGAUGAGAAUAAUUUCGUGAAUUCCACAUAAAUUCCAGACGAUUAUUUUCUCCCCAGCGAUCAUGGACUUCGCGGCGCUGAUGUCCAAGGAGAUUUCCAAGGGCAAAUCUACCUCCGCAGAACCUUCCAAAAAGUACAUGAAGCGCUCAGAAAUUGAGGCAGAGAGGCGCGAAAAGUAUCAAGCCGAACAACGAGCAAUCGAAGCCGAGAAGGAAGCAAAGCUCGCGCAGAAGCGGAAACGUGAAGACGAUGAAGCAGAGGCAAAUCGAGUACGAGAAGAGAAGAGGCAAAAACUUGCUGAGGAAUCUAGGAGACGGAGAGAAGAGCAAGAAGCUAAGGAGGAGGCAGCAAGGAGGAAACGAUUGGGUCUGCCGGAUCUAGUGAAAGAAACCAGUGAGGAGGUCGAGGUCGAUGAUAUUAAGGACGAGGAGCUGGUGGAGAAGCUGAGGGAGAUGGGACAACCUGUUACGCUGUUUGGGGAAAGUCAUAAACAAAGACUACGGAGAUAUAGGAAACUGGGUAUAGUUAUGACUACUGGCCCAAUACCGACAUCCCUGGAAUUGGUGGAGGAGAAGGAUAUGAAGGUCGAUACGGUUCCUAAGGACGAAGAAGGAAAGAAGUUCCUGUUCAGGCAGCUAGCUUCGUACUUCACAAUGGUGUUGACAGAAUGGGAAUCUGCAUUGCAGCAAGAGAAGAGAGAUACGUUUGCAAGCAAGGCAGCAUACAAUGCUAUGGUCCAGAGCAAGGAGAACAUGACACCAUUGUUCCGAAAAUUCGAAAAAGGUGACCUUGAUGAGGGCGUCCUAGAGCCAGUGGUGGAAAUCGUCAAAGCAGCACAAGAAAAGCGUUACGUGGAUGCCAACGAUGGUUACCUGCGUCUAAGUAUUGGUAAAGCUGCCUGGCCUAUCGGUGUUACUAUGGUUGGUAUCCACGAGCGUAGCGCUCGAGAGAAGCUUCACGAGAGUGAUAAGGGGCAUGUCAUGGGGGACGAGGUCACGAGAAAGUUCUUGCAGAGUAUCAAAAGAUGUCUGAGUUUUGCACAAGUUAGGUGGCCACCUGAAGAUAUUAGACAGCUGAUGGGUUGAUAAAUGUAUUCGAAUUGACAAGCUUCCAUCCAAGUUUAUGCUUAAUCAUUGAGUAUACUUCGAG